AUGGGGGGGCCUUGCGCCCCCGCCAGCCAAGAAGCUGGCGCGCAGCCGCUGCUGCAGGGCACUGCGGGGGAGGCGACACCGUCGACACAGACGGGCCAGCCACCGCUGCCCAGUGAGGCAACGCAGGAGGAAGACACGGAAAAGCUCGACUGCAUCGCCAACGUCAAUGCACACAAGGAACGGCGUGGGUUGGCAAUGUCCGUGACGGCGUCGCUCGCAACUAUAAUUCCACCGGGCGGGAUGCUCUCCACCGUGUUCAACCUUGCCUCCAUAUGCAUUGGUGCGGGCAUCCUCGGACUCCCCGCCGCCUCCAACAGCAGCGGCGUCGUCAUGGCGAUUGUGUACUCUGCUAUC